AUGGAGGUGGCCGAGAGCGGAAAACGGGCCUCCGUUGGUGCCGCCACGGGGGCCGAGUCUACAAUGCCCAAUGGCGAGCGGAAUCCAUUCUUGGAUGACCCCCUAAUGGAUGAUGGACGAUCAAGUAGCUUGAGCGAAAUUGAUGACGUCUCCGAUAAUGAGCCGUCCGAUUUUGAGGAUCCCGUGAAACCGGAAAAACCGCUGGAGAACGAUUCGGAGGCGGAAACCGAGCGCAUCGAUGAUUCUCCUCAUAACAUUCGAAAACGAGACAUUGUGGUGAGCGCGGGCAGCGCUGGACCGAGCCCGAGCAAGCUUCAUCAGUCGACGACGGUAGACGAUGUCGACGAAGCGCAUGUUGCAGAUGAUUCGCCGAGCAAGCCGCGGCGGUCUUCCAAGAACAAUGGCGUUGCCGAUCACCCCGAGAUGGAUGAUGUCGAGCUUCCCGAUAGUGUCGGCAAGAAACGAAAACGCGUCGAUGCUGGCGACGAAACCGGCACUGAACUAGGCGACGAAGAGCCGUUGAGGAAGCGCCGGAGCUCACUCAAGAGUGACUUGAGCGAUCCAAUGGAUGACGAUGCGCCGUUGUCGCCGGAGCCGAUAGAAGACCCCACUAUUGCGCGCGACGAUACGCCAGUCGACGAUGCCCCGGAGAUCGACAUACCAGCCGCUUCGUCGAAAAGCAAAAAGGGCAAAAAGGGUAAGCGAAAAGGCAAGAGAGUUCCUGACGCGGAUGAGGAGACCGAAGCUGGUGGUAUUGAAGCCGCUACAGAGGACGUCGCUGAUGAGAAUGUUGGUGAAGACGACGAACCUGCGGAACAGGUUGAGGACGCCGAUGAUGCUGAAGCCACUGCUCGGGUUGAAGAAGAAUCCGUGAAAAAGAUGUCUGCGAUGGAGUCUCUCGCGACGUUGGAGAAAGAAUUUGCAACAUUGCGUGACAAGAUUUAUGACGAACGGAUUUCCAAGCUCAACCGCGAGCUGGAGAUGCUGACCGGGCCGAACCCAACCCACCCCGAGUACCUGCGCCAGGUGGAGUGUGUAGAACGACAUCGGGACGCUAAAACUACAUAUGAACACACGUUGUACCGAUACCGCAUGAAGUCCCUUCUGAACAAGGGACUGGCCGAGCGAGCGCAGGCACAUAGCACCUACUUCCAACGGAUUCGAGACGUUCGUGAACGGCAUUCCAGUGCGAUUAGCAGACAGUUCUAUGCGAUUCAGCAUGAUCGCUUCAAGACAGACGAACUCAGCCCACAUCAUAUCAUUCCGUUCCCCACCCGUCGGUCGCAGCAAAUCGCGCACCAGACCGCAUACAACCAAGAAGUUUCGGUCAUGGCCGGUGUCGCGAAAUAUGUUGGCUUUCCUGCUGCGCCCACCUUGCUUGGGGCGCGUUCGUCCGAACUUGAUGACGACCUUGAAAAGAUGGGAAUAUCUGUCGAGUCUCGAGCCUCGGCUCCACGGCAUUCGUCGGCGUUGCCGCCACGGGGUGCGAUGUCUGCCAUGUCGUCUAAUGCUUUCCGCACAGCCGCCGAGGAAGCCUUCUUGGAGCAGACACCCUGGGCCAACCCACAACAUCCCAUCCACCAACAGCAGGCACAUCAGCAGUUGUCGCAACAGCCACAGCCUCAGGCCCGUCCCCUAGAACAAGCACAACCGUCCUCAUAUGCAACUCCAGCAGCUCAGAAGCGGGUGGUAGAUGUCAAUGCGCCGAAUGGAUCCGCAUCCACCAUUCCCGAGAACCUCUCCGCAGCUAAUUCGUCGGCGAACAACACCCCCUAUGGCACCGAGCAGGAGCCACGACAUCAACAGCAAGGGCCUUUUCGAAAUCCUGAAUAUGACACCGAGCACAAGUCUGGGUUCCGGUCAUUAAGCUCCUCGCCGUUGGAUGUCCGGAAAGCACACCCUCACCCUCCACAUUCUCUCGAGCAUCGAUCGCUUGCUGCUGACGCCACCUCCAACCGCAACCCCAUCUUCUCUCCAUCUCCAGCUCGGCAGGGCUUGUUCUCAUCCUCAGCGGCACCAAACCGAGACCCUUCCCCGUCUAUCCCGUCCAAACCGGUUGAUGCCCAUUAUCGGGCCCACCAAUCGGGCAUCUCAACAGGGCCAGGUUCCAGCCAAAUACCGUCUCGAUGA